AUGACCACUGAAGAUCAGAACAACGACUUUGAGCAAUUUUUUACUACAAAACCAACGAAAGUAUUUUCGAACUAUUCCCCAACCUUCACAAAACUAGAAGAUCAAAAAGUGGUGGAACGCACGCAAUCUCCACCUCUCACUGGGGAAUUUGCUGAUUUCGAGGAGAUCACCAUCCCUCACGCAAAACAACCGAAGCCGUUACUUUUAUAUGAAGAUGGCGAUUCCAAAGUUGCGACAUACACGUUUGUGAAAACAAAUGAUACUGUAAUAGUGACAUCACCGUCUGAAGUUUCCGAGAAAAAGAGAGAUAAUAAGGAAUCAAUCAUUCACUCAAUUUCUCCUCCUGUAUUUUUAGAUGAAGAGAUUUUAACGCCAAAACGGAAAGUCUUUGAAUUUUUUAAAAAGACGAAGAAAACUAUAUUUGAACUAGAAUUUGAAGAUUGCAUGACGCCGUUAUAUACCGACGACGACUUUAAUAUCUCCGAAGACUGUCAAACGCAAUUUCAAAAAGAUGUUGAGACGGCACUUAACACCACUUUUGAGGAAUUUAACACUAAAGUAUUUACACUAGCGGGGUAUGAUCGAUCGAGAAGACAAGUCGUCGUCUUCAAUCAACAAUUCCUUAUAGAGAACACCCCUGAAUUCCCAAGACGAUUCUAUUUGUUCGUCUUGAAAUUCUUCUCGAAGAUAUUUAAAACCGAUUUUGUGGUAGUUUACAUCAAUGAAGCCCUCCCUCUCCCUUAUGGCGUAUUUGCGAUGUUAUAUACUCUACUCCCUUUAGACUACAAAAAUCACUUAUUCAAAAUUUACGCGUUCAUCCCAACAAACCUCCAACUUAAACAACAAAAGUACUUGGCUAAAGAUGACUUGCAGAAGCUCUGCAUUGUCAAGGAUAUAUACGAUUUUUAUAAGGAAGUCCCCGUUGGCUCAGUUAGUCUCCCAAAGACUAUACUAGAUACUAUAUGUCUCGACCAUCCCAUCUUUGGAAUUCCAUUGACGGAAGUCGUUGCGCAUCCUUUCAGAGGGUUGUCUGAAGUGCCUCUUGUUAUCGAAUGUGCCAUCAUGUACUUCUCUUCACGCGUUGAAACUAUCUCAGUGGAGGGAAUAUUCAGAUUAACUGGUUCAAAAAUGAAAAUCGACCAAAUUAUUAAAGACUUCAACUGUGGGAUGUUCGUCAGAUUUAAUGAAGAUGAGGAUACUCAUAUCGUCUGCUCAGUCCUCAAAACAUACUUACGAAUGCUCCCAGAGCCUCUUCUGACAUACAAGAUUGGAGAGACAAUAUCAAAUAUGUUCGCUAAUGGAAGUGAAAAUAUCGACAAUAUACAACUGAAACCAGUGCUUCAGCUGCUACCAGAUGUCAACCGGAUAUUGCUCUACAACUUAGUGAUCCUGUGUCGAGUGAUAGGAAGUCACGUAGACGAGAAUAAAAUGUCGAGUUCCAAUUUGGGAAUUAUGUUAGGUCCGUGCAUCUACUGGAGUGAAGUUACAAAUGUGGAGGCAAUAACAAAAGCGAAGAAUGUCAAUGCGUUCUUUACAUACCUUCUCGACAAUGCAGAGCAGCUUCUUGAGGGUCAUUGA